AUGGAAACGAACGAAGCUGAAAUACUUUCGGAAGUUUUUGACGAUAAUUUGUCAGACGUUCCUAGUGGGAACGAAGAUGCGGAUGACUCUUUUGAAGAUUGCGAGGACGAUUCCAGUGACAGUGAAAUUAUUAGACCUGUAAAGAAGAGUAAGGUGGCAGUGUUUUCAAGUGAUUUCGACACUGACGAAGAAAUGAUAAUUCUGUGCAGCUAUCACGAUCAAACCGCAAUGAAACGCAAAACAUCAUCCAGAACACUCAAGUGGUCUUCGGUUACACCGAAAGACAUGAAGAAAUUCCUUGGUCUAAUUAUUCUGAUGGGUCAAACAAGAAAAGAUAGCUGGAAAGAUUAUUGGUCCACAGCUCCUUUGGUAUUUACCCCUAUAUUUGCACAAACAAUGAGCCGCCAUAGAUUUGAACAAAUAUGGACAUUUUGGCAUUUCAAUGAUAAUACGAAAAUGGACAGUCGCUCGGGGAGACUUUUCAAAAUUCAACCCGUGCUGGAUUAUUUCCUGCAUAAAUUCAGAACAAUAUACAAACCAAAGCAACAGUUGUCCUUGGACGAGGGAAUGAUCCCAUGGAGAGGACGGCUAAGGUUUCGUACGUACAACCCAGUAAAACUGACAAAACAUGGUUUACUUGUUCGGAUGGUGUGCGAGAGUGACACCGGCUACAUAUGCAAUAUGGAUAUAUACACUGCUGAAGGAAGAAAAUUGGAACAAACUAUUCUUUCAGUUCUUGGUCCCUAUCUUGGCAUAUGGCACCAUAUUUACCAAAAUAAUUAUUAUAAUAGUACAUCUACUGCUGAAUUGCUGCUCCAAAACAGAACUAGAGUAUGUGGGACUAUUAGAGAGAGCAGAGGCUUACCGCCAAAUUUGAAAAUAAAAACAUCAACGAUGAAGGAAGGCGAUAUAAUAUUUUCUAGAAAAAGUGAUAUUCUUCUCCUCGCAUGGAAAGACAAGCGGAUUAUUAGAAUGAUCUCGACCAUUCAUGACACUUUCGUCUCGACAACUAGAAAAAAAAUAGAAAAACGGGAGAGAACAUUGUAA